AUGGAUACUUUGACUGGAGCUGGAGGCUUGAGCAAUAUGAAUGGUGUUAACACCAUCGUUCAUUCUCCCAAAGAUAGGAGCUCUGUUAUGACAACUGGGCCUGGUAUACACCGUCAAUUUGAUAUCGUUAUUGAAAGAUGUUAGAAUAUUUAGGAAUCACAAUAUCCAUUCGUGGGAAGGUUUUAUGGGUCCUCUCGAAGACUUUCUAACGACAAACUCGUGCCUCAUGCGUUUCUAAAUCAUAGAAAUAUGUUGCACUUGAAGAUUGCUUGAUACAAAACCCGGCUACCUUAUUGGAAUAUGAAAUUCAAUCGCUCCUUUCUACCGAAAAUGAGGAUUCGCAGGAAACACCUUUCAAGUGUAUUAAAGGUCGUUCAUUAGUAAAACGGGUUUCUACGAAUGAUGGGCUACGGGCCGGGAUCAGGCGUGGCGCAUACCUUACCAAGGAUUUAUGGACCAACCGUCAGGACCAAUUGACACCAACAUAUCCAGAUUAA